AUGAGUCGUUAUCUGACCCCGUCCAAGAUUGCCUUGCUGUGUCUUGCCUCUAUCUACACUGAAGGAGUCGUCCCAAAUUCCUCUGCCAUCCAUGUCCUCUCAUUUCUGGUUGCAUGUCUAAGCCCGCUGGAUGGGAGCAAUCCUAAUCCUCCCUCGGGUAAUUGGGAGAAGCAGUCCUCCGUCUCCACCACGGACCUCGAAGAGGCACUCUCGACCCAGACAUCUUCCAUUCCAGGUCGCUCUAUUUGGGACCUGUUCCUCCGGAAAAUUUGGUCCAUUAACUCAUGCGACGCGUUAGAAGCCUUCUUCUCUGACGUCCCCGGUAUGCUUGUCAAGACACGCGAGGAGCAGAUCCGUGACAGGGAUAAUGGCUUAGCUCCUGACUCGAGCUGUAUACGUCUAUCCCGGUGCUCACCCUUGGGGGCGUUUGUGAGGAGAGCACAGCUGGAAUUUACAAGGCUGCAGUUUUAUGACUCGGUCAAGCUUUGGAAGGGCUUUGUUAAGUACCGGCUGCCGACGUACCGAGCGUGGGCCAGAAGAAAUCCACAAGAAGAGCAAGCCACAGUCGAUAUUAAUCUCCUAGAGCUCGGGUUGGAUACCAGGAGUCACCUCGCCCAGGUAGUCUAUGGCAAUAUUGAGGACGACUUGGAGGAUGAGCAGUACCUUAGUACCAAGGAUAUAGAACGUCUCCUUGAGUUUCAAAUUGGAGAGAUGCAAAAGCUUGGUGGAAGAGUUCCGGAUGGCAUGAAAAUGAAGCUGGAACAGAUUAUAGUAUCCGGUGCGACGCUACCAAACCUGGUGCACUAUCUAAGAUUUCUUGAUGCCUGGAGGGCUGGGGAUUACCCAUCAUCGUUUAACAAUCUCCAUCGCUACUUCGACUACACGAUGCACCGCCGGGACCGAGCGUAUCACGAGGCAGUAUCCGCAAUGCAAGAAGCUGUAUCCAUCGCCCGCGAAUUGUAUGAUUUAAACUGUCUGAACUUCUGCAUGAGCUGGUUAUAUCAUUUCGGUAAAGCAUUUCCAGAACAUAUGAAGGACGUGCAGAACACUGGUAUGCUUGGCAACGAGAAGGAAGGUCUGGCAUUUCUCAAGGCAAAGGCAAAAGACACAGAGAUGUGGAGUUUGCUGAGCACGACGCUUUUAAGUGAGGCUAGGCUCGAGCUGCAAAAUGGAGACUCUCUGGCGUCUACAAUCGAGAAUAUUGUCCGGGCGUCCCAUAUUAAUAUCACCAGAAACCUCGCGAACUUAAUGGGCCCGCUGCUCCUAUUGCAAGGAGUACUGUAUUCACGGAUAGGCGUCUCUCAUCUCUCAUGGCUGAGUAAUGAAAUCUUCAGCGAAUGCUAUGCAAACCGAUCACCAUUUGAAGAUUAUCUUAAGAACACAUUCCGUAAAUGCCAGCUGCUUGCACAACAAGGCCGUUACAAUGAAGUAUCAAACCUCAUGAACCAGAUCGCCCCGGAAAAGCUUCGCCCUUUAAAAACAAACCAGUACUGGAUAUUUUUCUCGGGAAUGUUACAACUGAAACGCCAGAUCUAUCGCAACGAUAUAGCAGCAUCCAAUUACCUCCUCUCCCAGCUUCAGGCCAUCCAGCUCCCAGACACCGACAUCUCGCAGCUCCUAUCUUUUAUCACUACUGAAUUCAUGAUCCGACAAGGCAACUACACCCGAGCGCUUGACAUCGUUGAGAAAACCGCCCAAUCCCUCCACCAAGAUAACUUUGAUGUCCACUUGCAGGUUAAACUCCUCUGCUUGAAGGCCCGAAUCCUCGAGAAAACCGGCCAGCCACAGCGUGGAUUCUCCCUGGCCAUGCGCGCCGCCAAUAUUGCCCACCGCGCCCGUCUCCUCCCCGGUCUCUGGGAAUCUAUCUGCGUGUUGUCUGGUGUUCUUCUGAGCUUGAAGGAGUUUGAGGCCGUCGCGGAAAUGGUCGAGAGUAUCAUGCCGCAGGUCCUGGAAUCUAAUGAUUGCGAGCUUGCGGCUCGGUCUUACUCACUACUUGUGGAUGCGAAUAUGGGUGUCGCAGGUAAACUCUGGAGUCAGGGACAGGGGUCCAGCACGACCGCCAACAAGGAAUAUAUAAAUAGGGCUCUGGGGUAUCUCGAUUGCGCAUAUGAACAAUACGAGGAGAUCAAGGAUAUCAGUGGACAGUGUGAGAUGAUGGCCAAGAAAGCCACGGUGAUGCAUCUGACAGGGGAUCCGGUUCUGGCGAAUGACUAUGCAGCCAAGUACCUGGACCUGCAAAAACAGAAUCGCUCGGAGAUGUAG